AUGAAGGCUACCACUUCUAUCGCCUUCUUGUCCCUUCUGGCUUCGGCUCAGGCUACCUUCGGUUAUUGGGGCUCUGAAGAUUGCUUCACCAACCCUGGCCGUGCUCCGAACAAGUGUAACGAGCACCAGCACAAGGGCUUCGACUGGUCGGGCCUCGCAGAUGGCAGCUUUUCAUCUUACGGUGGCUUUGACUUUUCUGGCUUCAGCUGCAGCAACAGCUUCGGAGGUGGCCGCCACGCCAAGCGCGGAGAAAAAUGCAUCACUGGUACCGCAGGCAAGCGUGGAAGCUCCUCUUCUUCAGCCAGCGGCGGCGCUGGAUUUGGAGGCUCAAUCGGCGGCUCCUCGGGUGGCAGCGCCGGUUCCAGUGCUGGUCACUCUGCGCCGUCAUUCUCCUGCGGCUCACACGAUAGUGGCUUCUCUAUCAACCACUUCCACAUCUCGACCGACAAGGACACCGACUUGCACAUCAUCUAUGGCAUGCCCGAUGGCUCUUCUUGCCGCAACACCGCCUCGUGCACCUCUGCGGGUACCGAUGUGAAGAACGACCAGUGCGGUGGUGCCACUUCCGUCUCGUUCGAACUCCCAGACCACAGUGACCAUGACAGUUGUGACUUUGGGAUCUGGAGUGUCGGUUUCGACUGCACUCCUGGUUCAACCAUUCCCUUGCCCACUCCCACUCUGCCCCCUGCCACCUCGUCUGGUCCAGCUCAGACCGGUGGCGUCUCAACUACCCCUGCCUCAGUGCCUACUGACGCGAGCCCUGUGGGCUCGACUUCUCCUGUCGUUCCCUCUGGCUCGGUGCCCGUCGUCACUCCUACCGGUGCCACCACCGGUGCUCCCAGCGUGACCACUCCUGCCAAGUGGACUACCUCCACGGUGUACACGACCAGCAUGAUCACCAUCACCAGCUGUGCCCCGACCGUCACCAACUGCCCUGCUCACUCGACCACCGUGAUCACCUCUACAAUUGCUGUAUCUACCACUGUUUGCCCUGUGACCGAGACCGAGACUUCCCCGGCUGCCUCCACACCCGCUCAGACUGCUCCUGGCGGUCUUACCCCUGGCCAGACCGGUCCUAGUGGCAGCUCGCCCGUCACUGCGUCACAGCCUGCUGAGACUUCCCCUGCUGCCGGCGAAUCUACCCCUGCCGGUUCUACUCCUGCCGAGACUGUCCCAGCUGGCUCAACCGAGACUGCUCCCGGUGGUCUUACUCCUGGCCACACCAGUCCCGCUGGCCCCAGUGGUAGCUCUCCCGUCACCGCAUCUACCUCUGCCGGAACUUCUCCUGCUGGCUCUACCCCGGCUGAGACUGUCCCUGCUGGCUCCACUGAGACCGCUCCCGGUGGCCUCACCCCUGGUCACAACACGAGCCCCGCUGGUCCCAGUGGUAGCUCACCGGUGACGGCGUCCACUCCCGGCGCCAGCACGACCCCAGGCUCGCCUGCUGGGUCGAUGACUACCGGCUCAGCUUCCGUUCCUGGAGACUCCACCGUCACCGUUAUCACUUACGUGACAACCUCUGAAUGUCCCGUCACCAGCACCGUCAGCUCAGGAUCCUCCAGCACCGUGAUCACCACCCACACCAUCUCUACCGUGACUUUGACUUCCACUUCCACCGUCUGCACCAAGUGCACCGCCAGCUUCACCAGUCUCCCCAGCGGUAGCCAGUCUACUCCAGCUGGCCCCGGUGGCCCGUCUCAAUCUGUGCCCAGCGGAUCCAGCCCAACCGAGUCUGUUCCUGUUGCCGGUCACUCAAGCCCUGCGCCUUCAGAGACCGUCCCUGCCACCGGUGUACCCACGGGAUCUAGCCCAACUCAGUCCGUUCCUGCAGGUGGCCAGUCGAGCCCUGCGCCUUCAGACACCGUCAUCUCCACCGCUGGUCCUACCGGUGUGAGUGCUGGUUCAACUUCGCUCACCCCCGAGGAUCUGACUACCUAUGUGACGACUUAUGAGACGGUCACCAAGUGCCCCGUGACCAACACCGUCACUUCUGGCGGAUCGACGGUUGUUGCCACCACCAUCUCCGAGUCUACCAUCACCCUGACCUCGACUCGCACCGUCUGCACCAAGUGCACCGCGACUGCCACUGGAGUUGUUCCCGUUGGCUCUGGCUCUGGCUCCACUACUGUUCCCACCGGCGCUGAUGCUACUGGUGUCGUCCCUGUUGCCUCUGGUUCCCACACUGUGCCCGUCGGUCCCGGUGCGGCAAGCACUCCCGGGGGUUCCAGCCCGGCGCCUAGCUCGUCCUGCCCCAAGGUGGUGCCGCAGUGUAUCAACACCUGGCUCAAUGUUGUCCCCAAGUGUACCUCCAACAGUGAUGCUCAGUGCUUCUGUCCCGACAAGCAGUUCACCGACAAAGUCAUUUCUUGUGUGCAGGCUUGGGGUGCCUCGACCCAGGAGAUCCAGCAGGCUUUGUCUUACUUCACUGGUAUCUGUGCUGCUUGGGUGCCCACUAACCCUGGUAUCGUGACUGCCAUUCCUUCGACCAUUACCCUGGUGCCCACUGUUCCCGCUCCUAGCGGUGCCAGCGGUGCCACUGCCAGCGUGGGUGUUACCGUUGGUGCCAGUGCUGGAAUUACCGCUCCCGCCGUUAGCGCCCAGCCAACAGCUCCUUGCACCACCAUCACUUACUCGACCUACACUGUCACUGUGCCCCAGGUCAGCUUCGUGACUUCCACUGCCACUGGCUCUGCUGGUUCUUCUCCGACCGUCGGCCUUGUUCCCGCUGGACCUAGCGGUGCCUCAGCUGCCACUGGGCGCGUUCCCGUGCCAGUCCCAGCUGCUGCUUCCUCCACCAUGGUUACCACUGCUGCUAGCAGCUCAAAGCCAUAUGCGACCGCCCAGCCUACCGCAAGCGCCAUGCCCACAUUCAACUCGGCCUCGACCGUCUCGGUUGCUUCGGGUCUCAUUUUCGGCUCUCUGGCCGCUUUCUUCGGCUUGAUGCUCUAA